UCCCCGCGGGCUGUGGAGGGUGGCAAGGGCUCUUCUCCACCCUCCAACCUUGAUCCAUCUCGCUAGGAAGGAAACCAGCAAGAGGUGGGCGUCCCUCUCCCAGAGCUCCGGAUCCUGGCGUUCUCCUUUCUCGCUUGCCUCUCACUAGCCCCGGGUCUGGCUUAACCUCCCCCGGGGCAGCUCUGCUCUUCCUAAAACGUCUGGACCGUCAGGUGACGUGUGGGAGGAUGGAAAGGAGUCGCGGCUCGAGGAGCAGCCAGCGGCGCAGCGGCCGCGUAGCCUUUGUCUCGGGGCUGCCGGGCGGCGGGGCCCAGCACAGGCGUUACAGAGAGCACCCAGGUGUGAAGCUGUGGACACAGUCGGUUGUUUCAGAAAAGAUGCGGACGUAACUGAUGAAUUGCAAAUACUGGCUAGAGCUCCCAAAGAGAAACGUUUCUCUCCACGAUUCCGGGCACGAGAGAUCCAAGACACCCUGGAAGAAGAUGCAGCCGGCGGACAGAAGACGGCAGCCACCAAAGCGCUGAGGGGAGUCCCUCCCUGCGUUUCCGUCCUGGCUCCAAGUUUUCUUCAUGAUGUCCUGUAAUAGCACAUCCACUGAGACUUCGGAAUACGCGCUGCUGACCGGGAGCAACGUGUCGGACACCGGGGCGACCACUCCGCCCGCGCCCCUCAGGGUGUGUUUGGCGGUAGUCAUGCUGCUGAUGAUCGUCGUCGGGCUCCUUGGCAACGCUGUAGUCUGCGUCAUCGUGUACCAGAGGCCGGCUAUGCGCUCCGCCAUCAAUCUGCUGCUGGCCACGCUGGCCUUCUCCGACAUCAUGCUGUCCUUAUGCUGCAUGCCCUUCACCGCCGUCACGCUGAUCACGGUCCACUGGCACUUUGGGGAUUACUUUUGCCGGCUGUCAGCCACACUCUACUGGUUUUUUGUCCUGGAGGGCGUGGCCAUCCUGCUCAUCAUCAGCGUGGACCGCUUUCUCAUCAUCGUCCAACGCCAGGACAAGCUGAAUCCGCACAGGGCCAAGGUGAUCAUCGCCGUGUCCUGGGCGCUGUCCUUCUGCGUCUCGGCUCCAUCGCUGGCCGGCUGGACCAUGGUGGAGGUGCCUGCGCGGGCUCCGCAGUGCGUGCUGGGCUACACCGAGUUCCCAGCCAGCCGUGCCUACGUGGUGACGCUAGUGGUGGCCGUGUUCUUCGUGCCCUUCGGCGUCAUGCUGUGCUCCUACCUGUGCAUUCUGCACACUUUCCGGAAGAACGCCACCCGUGUCCACAACAAGUCCGACAGCCUGGAUCUCAGACAGCUCACCAGGGCCGGUCUGAGGCGGCUCCAGCGGCAGCAGCAGGUCAGCUUGGACUUGAGCUUCAAAACCAAGGCCUUCACCACCAUCCUCAUCCUCUUCGUGGGCUUCUCACUGUGCUGGCUGCCGCACUCGGUCUACAGCCUCCUGUCUGUGUUCAGCCGCAGGUUCUACUGCAGCCCCUCCUUCUACACCACCAGCUCCUGCGUCCUGUGGCUCAGCUACGUCAAGUCUGUCUUCAAUCCCAUCGUUUACUGCUGGAGGAUCAAAAAAUUCCGCGAGGCCUGCAUAGAGCUGCUGCCCCAGACCUUUCAAAUCCCCCCCAGAGUGCCUGAGCGGAUCCGAAGGAGAAUCCAGCCAAGCACCGUCUAUGCCUGCAACGAAAAUCAGUCCGCCGUCUAGAGAGAAGCAGGCGGAGUGGGGAGGCACAUGGGGACUGGACCGGGACCGAGCCCCGCUGUCCUUCUGCUCUGUUUCCUGGCAUCUGAGGCGUACUCGGCAUUUUGUGGCGGUCAUUUAAGCACAAGGGUACUCAUUUGUUACCAGAUGAGCUACUACUCCCAAGUUUGCAAGAUGAAUUAUUUUCGUUUCUCGCUGCAAGAGAACAGGGUGUGGGUCUGAUGGAACCUGGAAGGUAGUUAAGACGCUGGGAAAUGGGUGGAGGGGUGCAGAAGGUGGGCAGAAAGUGAGGGAAGAGGAGUGCAGCUGGGAGUGAGGUUGGCGGAGUGUGGGGCAGGAGGAAGGCUCUGUCUGAAGAGCUCCAUGUGCACCAGCUUAAGAGAGACCCCGUGGUGCCAUAUUCUGAUGUGAGAAACCCAAGCAGGUAUCCUUUCCUGGGGGGAGCAUUCACUUUAUGUGACGUCAGCAUUCCUCAGAGGCUAUUUGCCUUUGGGAUAGAUGGGGAAAUGUGCAAGAUUCUUUAUGUUGAUCACAUGUGCGUUUCUGACCAGACCAAACCAUCCUUUCUAGAAACCAAAACCAAACUGGGAAGCAGAGUGAGCCCCUGUGCUUCUCAGUUUCCGUUGUGACACGUUGGAGGCCUCAGUGGCUCAAAGUCCAGGGCUUGUCCAGGGGCAGCUCCACCGAGGUGAGAAGCCUACCCGAGUGCUUAUGCAUGUACCACACCCCUCCUACCUGCAUAACCCACCCUGUCCCUGUGCCACGAAGUCCUUCAUCCUCACUGUCUGCGGUGACAGUCCCUCUGCCCCUUCUUACUUCCCUCCACAGUCCCCAUUCCUCCAUCAAUAUCCAGUGCACAGAAAAACACAGUCUUUCUCUUGUAAUUCAUCUUUUCAGCAAGUGUUCACAGCGACUUGCUUUCAGUCUCACAAGUGGUCAGUGGGCUUUGUUUACACAUUUCCUCUCCACAGCCUGAGGCUGCAGCGUCUUUGAGCUGCCACAUCCACCUCGGCACUGGAACUGCAAACAGGGGACGUACUAGACACCCACCCAGCUGGCAGUUCCUCAUCGAUCUCUGUGCUCCUCCUACCUCAUUCAGAUGCUGUCCUCUGGGCCAUCUACCCACGACCUUGGUCCUUUAAGCCCAAGCAGAACUGGGAUCCCAGGACUGAAACUGCCUAGAGGGGACCUUGGCCACUAUACCCAGGGCCACCCAUUACACCAGGAGCUUCUGAUGUGGGGUCAACUCUCCUGAGUUCAAGGCACACCAUUGAGUCCAUGAAGCUCUCUUUACAGUUUCAGAUCUGAAAAGAGUGGGACAUUUAAAGAGAAAUUCAGAAAAUCUGAUUCCAAGUCUAAGUCUAUCAAGAACCAGUCAUGUGACCUUGUUCAUUGCACAUCACUUCUCUGGGCCUCAGUUUCCCCAUUUGCCAAGUGAGGAAGCAGGUCUAGAUGAUCUCCAAUGUCCUUUUCAUCUCUCAGACACUCCGAGUCUAAAAUGUGUAUGCUGUCUACUCAUGGUCACCAGAACCCCUGCAUUCAUUUAUUUAUCCACGCAAUGAGCCUUUAUCAAGUGCCUAUUAGAUGCAGGACACUGUGGGGGAGAAAGUGAUGGACAUGUGUAGACUGCGCUCAAAAGCAGUCAUCCGAUUUAUCUCAUGUAACUCAAAUUUGGCCCAAGAACACAGAUAAUCCCUUUUGUUUCUCUUCUCGUUUCCUUUCCAAGGUUGUAUUAAGAAGCCAGGUCUUCGUUCUCACACUUGCUUUCUGUGGUACUAGUGACAGAGGCAGGGAAAAAGGGAGUUAAGGAGAAGAAUAUAAUUUACAUUAUCUAAGCUCAGAGGAAGAUUUGUACAGAAAACAACUGACACCUUUUCUCACUAGCUCCACCCUCCUUUUAUACCCAGAUGGACAAAGAAAGAAGAUGGCAUUUGGUAUGUGGUUGACGUGGGACCCGUCAAUUCUGUGUCCCGAGUGCCCCUAGCGAUGUCAGGGUUUGUCUUCAGCUCCGACAAGGCAGACUUGCACAGACUCAGUGGUGUCCAAGAGCACAGCCAGACCACUGAGGGGACCAGCCAGUGGGCCUUUCUUCCAGUGGCCAUUUCAAAGACUGUUCCCCCAGACCCUUGAGUAAAAGAGAAAUCACAAAACUGAAUGAAUGAAGGUACCAAAAUUUGUAUCAAUCAGUGUUACAUGAUGUAUGUUGGACAGUAAUAUAUGUUUCAAAGUAAUACUUUUGUAUAUAUUUUAAAUAAAGUAUUAUUGUUCUUUCAGUGUAUAAGAUGAUGUUCUUACCCAAAUUGGCACCAAGACCAUGAAGAGUAAGCAAAAAAUCGGGUAUCUGGUACCUCCUAAGACACAACAACGUCAGGUAACCUAAAACCUGUAAGUUACUAACCAAGUUGGGAUGACUAAAGAAAGACAUUAAUGAUGACAACUGAGAGGCUGUUUGAGCAAUGGGGUCACUACUGGGGGUGUGGGGGGGUG